GCCAAUAGCGAACGCCGGUGCCACAUCUGCUGCGCUCCUUCUCGCCGCCGACGUCGCCAAGCCUCGCUCCCGCCGGCCAUCCCGGCCGCGCCUCACCGGCAUCGCUCGCUCCCACGCACGCCAGCGUCGCUCCACACGUGCCGCAUCGCCAUGCUCCUGCUGCUCGACUGGGACGAGACGCUCUCGGCGCACGACACGCUCGCCCUCAUCGCGCCGCCCGCCGGCGCCCAGACGCGCGGCCCUGCCUUUGCCGCGUACGGCGAGGCGUACAUGGACGACCUGCAGGCGCAUGCUGCAGCACGCUCGCCGCCGCGCGAUCUCGACGAGCACUUCGAGUCACUCGCGGCGCUGGACGCCGUCGAGCUCGCGAGCCAGGCGCGCAUCGAGGCUGGCGGGCUGUUUGAGGAUGCCGACCUGGCGGCGAUGGAGGCGCGGGCACGCGAGGUGGCGCUGCGCGACGGCUGGCGCGAAGCGUCGCAGUGGCUGGCCGCUCGCGGCGUCGAGAUGCACAUCAUCAGCGUCGGCUGGUCCGCCCGCUUUAUCGCCGCGUCGCUGGCACACCACGGCUGCGCGAGGCCAGCGUCCAUCUGCGCAAACGAGGUCGAGGCGGAUGCGACGACGGGGCGCGGCACUGGCCGUCUGACAAAGUCGCGCGACGCAACGUCUGCCGGCGACGGCGUGGCAGGCAUCCGCACCGCGCCGCACAAGCUGCGCGAGGCGCAGCGGAUUGCGCAGGCCUGGCGGCAGGCGGGCGGGCAGGGGAAGGUCGUCUACGCCGGCGACAGCACGACGGACCUGCAGGCGCUGCUGUUCGCAGACAUCGGCCUCGUGGUCGGGCAGGCCAAGGGCCUGGAGGAGACGCUGGAGCGGCUCGGUGGGCGCGGGUGGCUGGCACAUGCGAGCCGGUGGACGCCGCAGCGCAAGCAGCGAGAGGCGCUGACCUUCGACCUCGUGGAGAUCGACGACUGGAGGCAGGGCCUUGCGGUGCUGCAGACGGUGCUGCUUCACGAGCGCAUGGGAGAGGAGAUUGGCUAUCUGCCCGCCGACGUGCGGUAGCAAUGCAUCGCGGUCCUGCA